GGGGCUGCGGCAGCGCCGGGGCAGCGGCGAGAUGAGCCCUGCGGAGUGAGCGCGGCCCCGCCUGACGCCCCGCGCCGCUCUCGGCGCCUCCGCCCCGCCCGCCUCCGCUCUGGCUUCGGGCCCCUUCUCUCUGCGCUGCGGCGGGCGGAGGCGGCGGAAGGAGAAGCCCAUGGAGGGGAACCGGGACGAGGCCGAGAAGUGCAUCGGGAUCGCGCGGGAGGCGCUGGAGGCCGGGAACCGCGACCGCGCCCUCCGCUUCCUGAACAAGGCGCAGAAGCUCUACCCGACCGAGACGGCCCGAGUUUUGUUGGAAGCUAUUAUGAAGAAUGGAAGCACUGCUGGGGGAGGCGCUUACUGCCGAAAACCAGCCAGUAACAGUGAUCAAAGUAAGCCCAACAGCACGAAGGAGAGCAAUGCAUCUGCUGCAGGUGAAAGUGGAAAAGGCUACAACAAAGACCAAAUGGAAGGAGUAUUAAGUAUAAAGAAAUGUAAAAAUUAUUACGAAGUCCUUGGAGUGUCAAAGGAUGCAGGUGAAGAAGACCUAAAGAAGGCUUAUAGAAAACUUGCUUUGAAAUUCCACCCAGACAAAAACCAUGCACCUGGAGCAACAGAGGCUUUUAAAAAAAUCGGAAAUGCGUAUGCUGUGCUGAGUAAUCCAGAGAAACGAAAGCAGUAUGACCUUACAGGCAGUGAAGAGCAAACUUGCAAUCACCCUAGCAAUGGCAGAUUCAACUUCCAUAGAGGUUGUGAGGCAGAUAUUACUCCAGAGGAUCUGUUCAACAUGUUUUUUGGAGGGGCCUUUCCAACAGGUAGUGUACACUCAUUUUCUAAUGGUCGUGCUGGCUACAGCCAUCCAAACCAGCACCGUCAGAGUGGGCACGAGAGGGAGGAAGAGAGAGGUGAUGGAGGUUUCUCUAUGGUCAUUCAGCUGAUGCCUAUUAUUGUGUUGAUCUUUGUCUCCUUGUUGAGCCAGUUGAUGGUAUCUAACCCUCCUUACGCCUUAUACCCAAGAUCAAACAGACUUACUUUAUGCAGCAAAAGUCUAUCGAGACGACCGGCUCCGAAAGAAAGCAGAGUCCAUGUCCAUGGAGAACUGCAAAGAACUAGAACGGCUGACCAGCCUCUACCGAGGAGGAUGAGCUACAGUUACACACACAUCUUACCUAUGCUGUUAUCUCUCCUGAAACUGAGAAGAGAUUUAGUUUCACCAUGGAUGCUGGAAAAGAGGGUGGAUGUAAAACUCUACUGUGUAGCUGUUUCCAGAAACCUUAUGCUGAAAUAUCAUUUAACGGCUUCUUUACCUACUGUGAAAUAUAGGUAACUUUAAUUGUUUAGAUUUUACUUCAAAGCUUCUGUGAAUUCUUUCAGCAGAGAGAAUAGCUCAGAAAGGAUGCUAUACUUAUAGAGACUUAGUCAUAGUGGUUCUCCUCUAACAUAUUUGCCAUGUAAAUAUCUGUGGAAAGAACUCUUUGUGUAUAUAUGAGUUAAAUGACUUUCUAUUUAAAAAUCUCAGAAAUUUAGUUCCAUAUUACAUUUUGUCUCACUGAUGGAAUAAAUAGUAUGAUUACAUCACUCCUAUUCAGAUGUCAAGUGUGUGGAGUUGAAAUAAUUUUUAAUAUUUUAUCUCUAACUCUAUGUAAAAUCUUCUAGGUUUACCACUUAGAGGAACUUGGUAUUUUUAAAUAUAAUGGCAUAUAUUCCUAAAUAUCUGUUGGGGUAAAUUGAUCUGGUGUAGAGUAGCAGUUUAGCUGUUGUAGUUUUUUAGCAUUUCUAAGCAAUGCUGAGAAAAAUAAGAACUACACUAAUCUCUUUUCAAAGUAAAUAUUUGCAAAUGCUGUACAGACCAUUAUAAACAUUGCUUUUAGUACUUGCAACAGUUUACAGCAGCUCUACCAUUUGGUAUUCCAGUAGUAGUAAGUCCAUACGUAUGGUUAACAUGCAUCCAUAGCUUCCUUAAUUUUCACUGGAAAGGUAGAGGAAAACAUGCAACACUAAAAUCUUAACCUAAAAUAAAAAGGCAACCUAUUUUUUUUUUUCCUGGCAGGCUUCCAUUUUCUUACUACUUUUUUAUUUCAAGCUAGGUCCCAAUAGUGAUUCCUCAAUGGGCAUCACAAGUGGAACAGGGAAAUUUUGCUAAGGACAAGCUAUGUGCCUUUCAACCCUUUUGCCAACUAUUUAAAUGCUUUGCUGCUUUGCAGUGUGCUCCUAUGGUCAGAGCCCUAUCACUUGUCAGAAGACGUAGGGUAUGUUUUUUUGGGACCAGAAUGUAGCUGGACUGACUUGGUAGAAAUGAGCAAGCCUAGUGUUCGCUCCUACAUAGAAGAUCAUGUAACUCAGUGGCCUGGAAAUGGAAACUAUAUGUAGCCACACCUGCUGAUGCAAAGAGGUGUUCUGAAGCAGCUAAGUACAAUGUACUUAAAGUUUAUCAAAGUAUGGUGAAAAAGUUUUUAGGUUCAGUAGCUGAUGUUUUUUACAUUUCAACAGUGUUAUGCAGGGGAAUGUUUCUUGUAUUUGAGAAUGCCAGAUAGCUUGUAUUAUGGGCAAUAUAUUUUGUUUGAGAAAACUGCUAUCUUUGAACAAUGCUGUCAGUUCAUGUGGAGCCAAAUAUUUCUCCUAACUCAAAAUACUUGGUCUGACUUGAUUGCAUUCCUUCUGAUCUACAGCAGGAUAUGACUUUGCAAAUACACUAAAUGCUAUUACUCCAAGUGACCCAGAAAACAUUUUGCAUAUAUCCCUUUUCCAAAUUGUCCCAGUGGAAAUGUCUUCUCUUGAAUUGGUGUAUCAUGAGACUGGCUGCAGGCUUUUAACUAAGCAGCUAAACCAGCAUUCAAGGUGGACAUAAAAGCCUGGGGCACAAAACAGAACUAAAAGUUGCUGAAACAACAAAAAAAAAAGGGUUUCUGUACUGAAUGUCCUUGCUAAGACUGCAGUAAAAGGGUUCAGAUGUAAUGGAAAGGCAUCCAGUUGUUUGAAAUAUGCAAUCCAAAUCUAUGGAGAAAACCAGAUUCCCCAGAUUUUGUAACUGUCCAGAAUGUAUUGUAAUUAUAUUAAUGAAAACAAACUAUCAAAGUACAUCCUGGUACUCCUGUGUCUUCUUAAAAGAAGAAAGUUGUUCCAAAGGCUUUAACAAGUACUUGGGCCUUCCUGUUUGCAAAUGAGUCUGAGCUUGCAAGUGAUCUUUUAGUGAACAGGAAAAAGGAUACAUAACACAUUUAUCAAAUAUUGGAACUGUGAAGUCAGAGUGAACAGAUGGUCUUAGCAAAGCUGCCUGUAAUAAUCCUAUGGGCUGUGUCUGCCCUGCAGCCACUUCUGGUGCAGGUGAGAAGUGGGGAAAGGGAUGGAUGCUGAGCUGGGUUCCAUUGCUGUCAGUUCCUCUGCAAACUGGAAUGAUGUGCUGGCUGUGCCCUAUGGCAGCAUAGACAUCCCAGAAGGUUAAAAGUGAGACCUAGACUGCAGCAUUUUAUUUGACUACCUAUUGCAAUUAGCACUUUCUGAAAAGGAAAUAAUAUGUUUAUACUGGUGGAAGUAUGCUGCUUAGCAUUUAACAGAUUAAAUAGUUGCACACUUUGAAAUAUCUAGUAAUGUGCAAAAGGAUGCUGUGAUUUCCUGUGGCAUAAAGAUUAAGCUGCUCUAAAUAUGGCCUGCAAACAUUCUUUUAAUAUUUCAAGUGGGCGUUUUUCUCCUCAUGAUUGUUGCUUUUUUCCCUCAAGUCUGAAGGUUUUUUUUCUUCAGAAAUGUCAAUAUCUUCCCUGGAUUUGUUAAGGGAAUCUGCUGGAAAGUUCAGAAUUCAUUUUCUCAUGAGCAAAAUGCAAAUUGAAGAGGGUGGAGUACUUAAAUCUUUUCAGAUGACCUUUCUUCAGAAGACAAAGUUCCCAUUAAAAUAAGAUAUUGGAAAGAAAAGGGAAAAACAAAACUGGUCUUGAACAGCCUGACUAAAAACCCCUCAACAUUUUAUCUACCUGCUCCUUACUGUUUUUAUUUAGUCAUUACCUUUCAUUUAAUCUAGAGUUAAAGAUAGCAUGAACAUGGGUUCUUGGUUUUAUCCUUUAAAAGGGCAGGCAGAAAAGCCCUGCAAAAAGAGAAAAAUCUUGGCAUGACUCUGACAUAGCCUAAUGAAAAAAGGAGGUGAUUUGCAUCUGCUGAAAUAUAACAUCAAUAUGUGUUCUAUUUAUGGAGCAUCCUGAGUCACAAGCAGUUCAGUGUUCACAUCUGAUGAACAUUUCCCUACAAGUUCUCUGUUUGGGUAAAACAAGUCUAAAUUGGAAUUUUUUACCUUUUUUUAAACAGUCUUUUUUUCUUUUACAAGUUUCCAAGAAAUGGUAGAACAUUACAGCACUAAAAAUGUAACAGAUGCAUUUAAAUAGCAGAGACGACUUUAAAUAAUAAAUAUUUUUAAUAUAAUUUUGUAACAAAUGCUGUAAAAGGAUUAAAAUGGGAGGUCAAGAAUAUUUUUUAAGGUUGUGUGUUCAUAAAUUUCAUUCACCCUUAAGCAGUUGUUAUGCUGACUUGUUGUAGCUUUUUUUGUCAAAUAGAAGGAAAGUGCAAUAGUAAAAGCAUUUUGGGUUUUUUUAAAGCAGGUAAUAUUAAAUAAAUUCCUGAAGCUCUAACUUAAAUAUGAUGUAAUAAAUAUAGGAAAGAACUAGGCCAUUUGUUGUGGUUUGGCCAUGACCCCAGCACCAUGCAGCCAGCUGCUCCCACCCCACAGCACGAUGGGAGGAGAACCAAACUCAGGUAAAACCUCUGGGCUGAGAUGGCAGAGGUUUAAUCAGCAAAACAAAAUCAGACAUCAGUGAUCAAUAGCAAUGAAAAGGGAGACAGCAAGGGAGAGAGUAAUAAACCCCAAGAAACAGAAGUGAUGCCCAACACAAUUGCUCACCACACUCUGACCAGUGCCCAGCCUGUCCCUGACGAGCAGUCAGCAGCUCCUGACCAGCCUCCCCAGGUUAUACACUGACCAUGAGAUGCUCCAUGGGAUGGAAUAUCCCUUUGGCACAUUCAGGUUUGCUGGCCUGGCCAUGCUCCCUCCCAGCUUCUUGUGCACCUGCUCACUGCCAGAGCAUGGGAGACUGAAAAUUCUGGAUUUAGGGUCAGCACUGCUCAGCAAUAGCCAAAGUAUCAGUGUGUAACCAACAUUAUUCCCAUACUGACUCCAAAGCACAGCACUGUACCAGCUGCUAGGAAGAAAAGUAGCUCCCCUAUCCCAGCUGAAAGCAGGACACCAUUAUAAACUAUACUUCCUAUACUGCUCAGUCUGGCAGGAAUUAGGUUUGAGUAUUGGGCUUCUCCACAUUUUUAGAAGUAAUAUUAACAUGCACUGUUUAGUUAUGAUGUUAUCCUUCAUGCAGAAUACACUUCUCCCUUCAGUACUGGUUUAUUCCAUGUACAGAAUGACUGUCAUUGGGAUGGGAGAAUAAAUUGCCAUUAAUAGCAAUACAGGGGCCAUCUCAUAGAUGCUUUUGCAUAGCUCUUAUUCAAAAUGUGACAGGGAAAUAAGUAAAAUUGAUCACUGAGCAUCAUGGCUGCAAAUAAUAAAAAAAAAAAAAGUUGCAUUUUUAAACAUUUUUAGUGUAUAGUAGGGAAUAUUUUAAUAAAUGAGAAGACCAAGGUUGUUGCAGGUAGCAUUUUCAAAAUACUACCAGAAGCUCACAUGAUGAUUUUAUGGGGUUCUCUUUUAAGUAUCUCUCUAAUAUGACCAAGUCCUUAUCAAAUUGCUGUGUGUGCAUGGCUUGGAUUAAGAAGGAGGUAUGGAUUCUCAGUAUUCAAAUAAAUUUGUUCUUUUGAAUGAC